GCAAAUCACAACCAACCUCAUUCCGUUAGCGAAGGCAUAUUCAUGUUAUAUUGCGGCACCGGAGGUGAGGGAGCAGAGAUCAGGCAGGGCCUAAGUUAACGGAGCGCCGUCCGUCACAUUUUCCACCUUCCGCAGAACUCUCCCGAAGAACUCGGGAUGCAUCAACACCAACCAAAAACGACACUCUUCAGACUUCACACACCCAAGAAAAAAAAGCAUCCUCCCCGAAAGAUGAUAGAUUAAUUAAAAUUCAAUGAAAUUGUGAUUUUCUUAGUUGUUCUUCUUUCCAAACAAACGUGCCUAGAGAGCUUCAUGCCGUCGCAUCAUUUUGCCAGGUUGCCAUCAUGAAUACUUUAACUGACCGCCUGAUGAAUGACUAUGGUAUGCACAACACUUCAAGUGCAUCUCCAGGUGGUGACACUCAAGAUUCCCCACCAAUUAAUCACAAUGAUCUUGAAGUGGCUGAACAGUAUCCUUCCGCAUUUGAGGUUGUCUAUAAAAUCCUCAGAAGAGGAACUACGAGCAGUCUUACUUGAUGGUAGCGUAUUGUGCCAAUUAGUGGUUAAGUUGAAACCAGAUUUGUUUUUAACCGAGGCAGGAAAUUGUAUUAAUUCUUCGGGUUCGUGCUCAGAACAUGUUAGAAGAUUUUUAUCAGCCAUGGAGAAAUUGGGCUUACCCCGGUUUGAGGCAUCAGACUUAGAAAAUGGCUCCAUGAAAGCUGUGUUUCAUUGCCUUAUAGCACUUCAAACACAAUUUAGGGAACAAGAUGGGGAAUCCGAUGCAUCUGGAAAUGUUAUUACAACAAGAAGAUGGAAGUCGAUGAUAGAACAUUAUGGAGGUGAUGAUGAUCAAAGGGAAGAAUCUUUCAGACUCCGUCCUUUUUCAUCUUUUGGAGAAGAGAGAUGGAAAUUAGAGUCAAAAUCGCAACGAGCAUUGCGUAGUCCUGUGAUGGCAGCUGCACUGAUACAUCACAUUGGCCACAAGUUCCAUGAAGUAUUUGAGCUUAAACAAGGAAGUUAUGCUGAUCUCCCCGCAUCAAAGAUUUCAGAAAUGAUGAAGUCAAACAGUUUGGAUAAUGCCCCAACACAGUCACUUUUAACGGUUGUGAAUGGAAUCAUAGAUGAAUGCAUUGCACGCAAAAAUGGAGAAAUACCUCAACGUGUAGCAUGCCUGUUGAGAAAAGUAGUGCAAGAGAUAGAGAGGCGGAUAUCAACACAAGCAGAGCACCUGAGAAUGCAAAACAACCUCUUCAAAGCUCGGGAAGAGAAGUAUCAAUCGAGAAUUAGAGUUCUAGAAGCUCUUGCAACUGGUACAAGUGAAGAGACACAGAUUGUCAUGAACCAACUCCAACAACUUAAGAGUGAAAGGACAAAGAUGGAGGUGAAAAAGAAAACCGAGGAACAUGACAUGACUAGAUUGAUGAAAGGAAAAGAUGAUAGUGUCCAGGAGAUCACAGCUUUGAAGCAAAAUCUUGAAAUCGCUAGAGAAACAUAUGAAUUUGACACCAGAAUAUCUCAACAAGAGAUUUCAAAUUUGAAGCAAGAACUUGAAACAGCUCGGGAAGCCUAUAAAGAUUGCUUCUCACAACUGGAAAGUAACAACAGAAAUUCUCAACAAGAGAUUUCAUCUUUGAAACAAGAACUUGAAACCACCCGUAAAGGAUCUGAACAAGAGAUUGAAACAUUGAAGAAAGAAAUUGAAACUAUUUGUAAAACUUAUGACCAACGUUUCUCAGAAAUGGAGAAAGAGGCUAAAGGAUCUCAAACAGAGAUGGAGGAGAAAUUGAAGGAAUCCACGAGGCAUUUAACAGAAACAAGGAAUAGGUUGAAGGAAUGUGAAAUGCUUUUUGAAACGAGGUCUUUGCAGUGGAAAAAGAAACAGAACAUCUAUGAAAUAUUCACUGAAUUCCAGCUUGGUGCACUACGUAUGCCUCGAGGAUCAUUUGGUAAUUUGACCAAUCCUCUGGGGAGGAGCUAAAAUUUUCAUCCCAUUCGAUAAGGCAUGAAGUUAUCAAAACACAGAAGGUCUACACAGAUGAAUUCAAACGCUUAGGUGUGAAGACCAGAGCGUUGGAAGAUGCAGCUGCAAACUAUCAUGUAGUUCUUGCUGAAAACAAAAAGCUACAUAAUGAAGUCCAAGAAUUAAAAGGAAAUAUAAGAGUAUAUUGCCGGGUAAGGCCAUUUCUUCCUGGACAAAUGGACAGGCAGACAAUUGUUAAUUAUAUUGGUGAAAAUGGGGAGCUAAUUGUCACGAAUCCUUCAAAACAAGGAAGGGAAGGGCGUCGUUCAUUCAAGUUUAAUAAGGUUUAUGCUCCUGCUGCCACACAAGCUCAAGUGUUUUCAGAUAUACAGCCAUUGAUCCGAUCAGUUUUGGAUGGUUAUAGUGUUUGCAUAUUUGCAUAUGGCCAAACAGGCUCAGGAAAAACUUACACAAUGACGGGCCCUGAUAGAGCUAGUGAAGAGGAAUGGGGUGUCAACUACCGGGCUUUAAAUGACCUCUUUCAGAUUUCCCAAAAGAGAGUGAACGCCACUGCAUAUGAAAUCUCAGUUCAAAUGGUAGAAAUAUAUAAUGAACAAAUCCGUGACUUGCUCUCGAACGACAACUCUCACAAAAAUCUGGCGGUUUUGCCAACAACCCAACCAAAUGGUUUAACUGUGCCCGAUGCUAGCAUGUAUCAAGUUAACUCGACUGCAGAUGUGUUGGACCUAAUGAAUAUUGGAUUGAAGAACAGAUCGCGAAGUUCAACUGCCCUAAAUGAAAGAAGCAGCCGAUCACAUAGUGUGGUGACAAUUCAUGUGUGUGGGACGGAUAUUAAGAGCGGAUCGUCUAUGCGAAGCAGUCUUCAUUUGGUGGAUCUAGCAGGAAGUGAGAGAGUAGAUCGCUCUGAGGUAAAAGGUGACAGGUUAAAGGAGGCACAACACAUAAACAAGUCUUUAGCUGCGCUUGGAGAUGUCAUUUCUGCUUUGGCUCAAAAGAGCCCUCAUAUUCCAUACCGAAACAGCAAGCUUACCCAAGUUCUUCAAAGCUCAUUAGGGGGCCAAGCAAAGACCCUUAUGUUUGUGCAGCUUAAUCCUGACCUUAGUUCAUAUUCCGAGUCUGUUAGUACUUUAAAAUUUGCUGAGAGAGUAUCCGGGGUAGAGCUAGGUGCAGCCAAGAGUAGCAAAGAUGUCAAAGACGUCAAGGAGUUGAUGGAACAGAUUGCAUCUCUCAAAGAUGCACUAUCUAAAAGAGAUGAGGAGAUGGACAAAUGGCGUCUUGGGAAAGAUAUCAAGAAUGUGAUGCUGGGAAGCAAUGGAGAAAAACGUAGUGUGAACUCAUUGAGGGAGCAGAAGCAGCAGAAGUUGCAGUGUUUGGGUGAAAGUGCAGAAGUGAUUCUGGUGCUCUAAUUUACUCCAAGAAUCAGUUUUUUUGAAGACAGGGGAGACCAGCUGCUGAAAAUUGUUGCCGAUUCUGCUUCUGCUUUAAAAAAGAAGCUGAAGCAGAAUCAGUUCCAAACACCCCCUUAGCAUAUGUUUCCUUUCCCUAGCAUCUUGUGACAUGUCCUUACUAUAUCUUUCUUCCAAUCUGUUUGUCAUACACUAAAGAAUAAGGCACUGAGUACAUUCAACCAAAUGAACGCAUGGCUAAAAUAAGACGAGACACAAUUUAUACCAUCAAAAAUUCAAGAUCAUCACUUGAAGAUUACCAAGGGAUUCAAAUCCUUAAAUGCAUCACUCAACUGAGCAAAAAAAUGAACCUUUGAAGUUGAAGUGAUGCAAUGACAAAACUGGCCUGAUCUCAUGCACCUGAAGUGCUCAUGCUAUAUUAUAAUGUUUUUUUGGGUCUGAUCAUACAAGUUAAAGGUGUUUUAUUAUGAUUUUGGAAUUUUUGAUUUUUCGUGUGUAUGAUGUUUGGGAUAUUAUCUAUUGUGGAUGCAUGUAUAAGCACGCACACACACAUGUAUAUAGAUACAUACAUACACACACGCACACACAUAUACAUAUGUAAGCAUAUAUUGAUUUCUGUAUUCAAGAAAUCUUAGCAGCACAAAAGGUGCCAAAGCAUGAACUCGAUCCCAGUCCAAAAAUUCCCUUGGGCUAGUUUGUUUUUUAUUUUAGUUUUCUUUUCUGUAAUGUUCUUAUUUCCCUUCCCGAAUUGUACUCAUAUUUUUUUCAAUAAAAUUUCC